AAAUGGAACAAAAAGAGUCUUGUGAAACGCAGCUUUAUAGUGAAUUUAACUGCCUUUCCUAUGGUUCCCCGAACAGGGCUAAGAAUUUCAGGAAAAAGACAGUAGAUGUUGAAGAAUUUCAUUCUCUGCUUUCUUUCGAUCCUGAUAAAGAUGGUGAAUUGGUGAAGGACAAAGAUUAUUUUGACAACCGAAUUGAUUCUUGCUCAAACGAAGAGCAAUAUAACAGAAGCUCCUUCUCUGAUGAGCAAAACCUUGGCAUUUUCAGUAAACAAAUGCUGGAAAAUACUAAAUUGGUCAAGCAGCUUGGGGGUUAUGCAGACCUCAUAAAUAGCCAAUCAAAAAUUGUUAGUAGUAAUAGAGGCUUAAGGAAGAAUGAUGAAAUGAGAGGUUACUUACAUAAAAGAAGCGCAAAUUUCUUCAAAGGAUGGCAAAAACGAUAUGUAGUGCUGUCUUAUAACAGGAUAUGUUAUUACAAAAAUGAGCAUGAUCCUCAUCCAGUUGGUAUUAUAAAUUUGUCAAUGGUAGACGCAACCGUGGAAAUUAGUCGAAAACAAAAACUCAAAUUCUCAGUCCUAAUUACUGGACUAAAGAGAAAGUUCAGGUUUAAAGCAAGAACACAAGAGGAAAGAAACCAAUGGUGCUCUGCUUUGAUCAGAAGUAUUGAAAAUAGCGAUUCCUGAGAGAAAGAUUCUUCUUUCCUAAAUGAAUCUCGUUUUUGGAAGAAAUGUGAUCGGAUUAACGAAUCUACUUUUCUAAAUGAAGCAGAUUCAGGUGAUAUUAUUUUAUUCACAGGCAAAACAGUUAUGUCAGGUAUCACAAGAAAAAUUACUAAUUCUAAUUAUGAUCAUGUCGCUAUGGUGUUGACGUUUCUGGAAGAUAAUGAAGUAUACCUUCUUGAAUCAACAGCUUCUGGAGUUCAUAUUACUACAUGGACAGAUUUGAAAACUUAUAAGGAUGAACUGUACUCAAAAAUUGUUUGGAGGAAGCUUUAUUGAAAUCGGAACGAAACAUUUUGUGAAGUCCUAGGUAAUUUUGUUAAUGCCGUUGAUGACAGAGGAUAUGAUAUCUCGAUCGGUAGAUUGCUAAGGAGAAGGUCUCGUAUGCCUACUCCAAGUGAGAUUCUAGAUGAAGAAAGAAUUGUAGACAAGAGUCGAAAUUUCUUUUGUUCUGAACUGGUGGCGAAAGCAUAUAAAACACUCGGUUUACUAAUAUCCUCAAAAUCCUGAACAAAAAUCUACCCUAAACACUUCUCUUCCAAAAAGAGCUUGAAACUAACCAAAUCAGCUCUAGGAGAAGAGCUAUGUGUAACCUUCUAACCACCCCAAAUUUUUCCAAUUAUACAUACCCCAUAACUUAAUCCAUAAUAACUUC